GCCUGCCCCUUUUACGAAUCCAAAGUGCUCUAUUUUUAACACUCGUCAUCAGUCAUUCUCUUCCAUAGCUUCGACUCGCCACGACUCAUUGAGUUCGCAGUCCCGAUUCGACCAAAACCACACCCAUCUUCGGAUCAUACCAUGAGCUGGCCCCGCAGGAUCGACGUCUUCCAGCCCUUUUACUCCUCUCCUCUCCUUUUCCGUGAAACCCCCUUUGAGGAACCGCCAUUUCUAGGGUUUCCUUCCCUCGUUGAAGUUGACGAUCUCGGCCUCUGUCUCGAUUUCGCUAACCCUAGCCCGCAUGAUCUAUUCGACGACGUCGCCGAUCUGGUCCGGGUCGACAAAACUCCGGCGCGCUGCACGUACCAGAGGAUUUCCCGGAGAUUGGAGCCGGAGCUUCCAUUGCACUACCUCUGCGACCGGGUUUCUGCUCUGGAAUGCAAGUUUGACCGGUUGGUCAGCCCCGGGAUCUCCGACUGUGACCGGAAGUACAAGUUGACGAAGGAGAUCAAGGGUUCUGGGGAGCGGAAGUACAAAUGGGAGGCGGAGUUCGAUGGUCCGUCGGAGAGGAAGUACAAAUGGGAGGCGGAUCUCGGCGGCGCUGCGUCGGAGCGGAAGUACCGGUGGGAGGCGGAGAUCAAUGGUCCGCCGGAGAGGAAGUACAAGUGGGAGGCGGAUCUCGGCGGCGCUGCGUCGGAGCGGAAGUACAGGUGGGAGGCGGAGAUCGAGGGCCCGGCGGAGAGGAAGUACAAGUGGACGGCGGAGGUUAAGGGCGGGAAAAAGGAUACUGAGCGCGAGUUUGUGGUCGUGAGGAAGACGAAGGCGGCGGCGGCGGAGAAGAAGAAGAGGGACUACAAAUGGACGGCGGAGAUAAAGUCGGUCAAGGCUUCUAAUGGCGGGGACGCAGAGAACUCGGGGAAGGAGAAGAAAGAGAAGAAGAGCAAGAAGAAGGAGAAAACGCGUGUGGUGGUGAUCGAGGAAGAAGAUGAGCAAGACAACCAUGGAGCCGUCGUUCUCAGGAAGGCGUUUGCCAAAAGAACGGGAGCGGUUAGGAGCAAGAAGGGGAAGAAGAAGGAAUUGGCACCCGAAGAAGCUGCCCUGAUGAUACAGAGGGCCUUUAGAGCUUAUCUGAUUCGCCGGUCCAAAGCCCUGCGUGCACUUCGGGAGCUAGCUGUUGCAAAGACCAAACUGAAGGAGAUAAGAGCUGAUUUUCACAACUUCAACUACCGACGCCUCAUUGGCCGGGAUGCAGAGGAGCGCCAGAAAUUCUCGGAAAGAAUCAUCGUUCUCCUCCUCACUGUCGACGCCAUCGAGGGAGUUGAUGUGAUGGUGAGAGGGGCGAAGAGAUCGAUGAUAGAGGAGCUGGAAGCAAUGCUGGAAGUGGUAGACCCGCAGCAGCCAGCGGGGAACUUGGGGUCGCUGAAGAGAAGGACGUUCGACAUGCCGGACAGCCUUAUCCGCAAAGAGAUAGCGGAGGGCGUGACUCAGAUUGUCAAUAUGCUCGAAACCGACGAAUGAGCAGUGUCACUUAAUGGUGGCACCGUCGCGUCCUGUCUGGUGAGAUUUUAAUGUCUGGUACCCGACAUUUUCAGAGAAGAGUGUUCUGUUCUGUUCUGUUCUGUUUCGUUAAUGUCACUUUCUCUAACUAGUUGUCUGUCUCUGUGUCUUGUUAUCCUUUUGGAUUUUCCCACUUGUUGGUAUGGACCCUCGUAAUCGAACAUGCUUAUGCUGUGUUGCUUAUAUGGUCUCUCUUCGUU